AUGGAAAACUUUCAGUACAGCGUCCAGCUGAGCGACCAGGACUGGGCUGAGUUCUCGGCCACCGCCGAUGAGUGCGGCCUCCUACAGGCCGACCUGGCAUCUGGAGACGAGCCCUUGUCCAGUGACAUUGAUCAAGGAGACAGCAGUGGCAGCAGUCCCCCUGGGCCCCCACCCCUUCUCACUGGGCAGCAGGUUCUGGGGGGGAGGGGCCGGUGGGGCUAUAAGGAAGAGGACGUGGACACCCAGCGGCUGGUCAGCAGGUGUACACCCGUCCUGGCCCUUGGUGGUGGUCAGCAGAUGCCCGGCACGUCCACGCUGUCAGGAGUCCAGCAGCCCCUCGGCUCUGGUGCUGGCCCUCACUCUUCGUCCCUCCUGGGGCCGGUGAUUUCAGGAGGUGAGAUGCAGAGGCUUCUGCAGGGCCCAGCCCCCCGUGGUCCUGCUUCUGGGCCCCCUGGUGAGCCCCCUUGGAGCCCUGAGCCCCCCCAGAGACCCCCAAGCAGCCCUGGAGCCCCGCCACGGAGCCCCAGCAGGAAAAAGAGGCGCACUACAGGCACCAAGGCGGGUGAGCGCCCAGGAGCCCCAGCCCAGCCGGACUCCCCGCCGUCCCCCCAGGCCAGGCCCCCACUCCUUGCUGCAGAGCCGGCCGCAGGCUCCAGGCAGGGGCCGGACUCAGUGCAGGCUCCUGGGUCUGGCACUGGCACUGCAACUCCAGCUCCCUGCCGAGGGCCGGGUGUGGGGCUGCCCACACCUGCACUCACGACUGAGCCAGGGGCAGACAGGGGCAGAAUAACCUCUAGAGCUGAGCUACACCCCAUGUGCACCCCUGACUCUGAGCCACCCCACAACGAGGCUCUGACUACCUCUGACUCCCAGCCUCCACUUGAUGGGGCUCUCUCUACGCCUGACUCCAAGCUACGCCCUGACGGGGUUCUGUCUACAUCUGACUCUGAGCCAUCCCGCAGUGGGGCUCCAUCUACACCCAACUCCCAGCCUCCACCCCAUGGGGCUCCAUCUACACCUGACUCUGAGCCUCCACUCAAUGGGGCUCUGUCUACGCCUGUCUCCCAGCCUCCAUCGGAUGGGACUCUGUCUACACCCAUCUCCAAGCCUAGGCUGGGUAUGGAUCUGCCUACACUGGUCCCAGAGGUCAAGCCACAUGUGGCCCUAUCUACGCCUGUCUCAGUGGCUACCCCACAUUCAGCUCUGCUUCGCCCCGCUCCCCAGGACAAGGCUGGUGUGGACGUGUGCACGCCUGCCCCCAGAGAGACCACGGCUGCCCCCUCCCGGCCCUCCAUCCCUGAGACCCUGCCUGGUGUGGGGGAGCCUGGGCCUGUUGCUGGGCUGGAUGUGAGCCUUGCUAUGUCUCCACAGGGGCCCGAAUCCUCAGCAGAUACCCCUGGACACCUCUCAGGGGAGCCCCCCACAGGCCCCGCCCAGGUUCCUAAGAGGAAGAAAGUGCGAUUCUCCAUAGCUGCACCCAGCCCCAAGGAGCCGGGGCUGGGAGUGGCCCCAGGCCCACCCUCGCCAGCCAGGAUGGAAGUGGGGGCUCGGGUGGCGCCAGGGGCCUGGGAUGCCGUGGCAGUCAGACCCCGGCCCCCCCAGCCUCGGAUCCUCAAGCACCUUCCUCCCCCUGCCCCCUCAGGCACAGGGGGCCCCAGGUCGGGGAGCUUUGCCCUGACCCUCCCCGAGGCCUACGAGUUUUUAUUUUGUGACACCAUCGAGGAGGAGGAUGAAGAUGCUGAGGAGAGGGCAGCUGGGCAGGCCCCGGAGGACGUGCAGUGGCCGGAUGUCUGCGAGUUCUUCUUCCCGGACUGUGGGGCCCAGAGGCAGAGGCCACGUGGGGGCUGCACCCCAGCCCCCCGCUUGCCAGCCGAGCCUGCACCAGCCACUCCACUUGAAGACCCUGCGCCCGUCUCUAUCCCCGAGGUGUACGAGCACUUCUUUGGGGAGGAGAGGAGGGGGUGCAUGCUGGAGCUGGCUCCCCCACCUGAACCCAGUGUGGCCAUCACAGAGGAGCUCAGCCCGGCGGGCAGGUGGCCAGGGGAGCCCUGGAGUCCCCUCCCCGUGUUCACCUUCAGCCAGAGUGACAUGUGCUUGGCGUUUGUGGCCUUUGCCACCUGGGCUGUGAGGACGUCAGACCUGCACACCCCGGACGCCUGGAAAACAGUCUUGCUGGCCAACAUUGGCACCAUCUCCGCCAUCCGGUACUUCCGCCGGCAGGUGAGGCGGGGGCACUCCAGCCCCAGUCUCAGUCCCAGCCCCAGCCCCAGCCCUAGGGGCCAGCCAGUGACCAAGGCUGAGGCCCCCCCCCCACCUACCCGGGGUGGGGGUGUUCUGGAAGCCCGGGCACGGGCUGAGCAAAGAGCAGGGUAG